AGCCGUUUAACCCCGCCCCUCCUCUGUCACGUGACGAGGGCCAGCCCCUCAGCUAACAGUUAGCAGCAGCUAGCCUUUCGUCAGCCGCUACCUGCCGAGAGAAGCGGAGCAGCCCGCCUGAGACUCCUCUCCCCUGGGACGGUGUAGUCCGGUACCAGCCCGACCCGAACCCUCCGUCCUCCUCCGUUCUGCCCCGGUUCUGCUCCGUUCUGCCCGGCUCYCGUGUCCCUCCCGGUCCGGACCGUUCAGUGGAAACAUGUCGGCGGUGCAGCGGAUGAAAGUGGCGAACGAGCGGCACAGCAAGACCAUCACUCAGCGGGGACACGUCCAGAAGACCUCGAGACCGGUAAACGAGGAGAAGUCCCCGGUGGGUCCCUGGCUGCUGGCGCUGUUCGUCUUUGUGGUUUGUGGAUCAGCCAUCUUCCAGAUCAUCCAGAGCAUCAGGAUGGGCAUGUAGAGUGACGUCAUCGACAGGGGGCGGGGCCACAGCACGGCGGCAGCAGGGAGCUGAGACGCCGACACGUUUUUUGACCCGAAGAGAAGCGGCAAAAACAUUCCUGAACUCUGAUCGCCAUCAUUCCUGCAGAGACACAAGCCCCGCCUGUAUAACUACAAACCCCGCCCACAGCCGUAGCCCCGCCCCCACGGACCGGCCUGUUAUCUGUGUUGACUCAACGUUGCUGCUCGCUGACCUUCUCACAGCGUUCCCGUGUCACCCUGUGCCUUUCUCUGUUUACCUGACGCUUGGCUCCGCCCCCUCCUCUGUAUUAAACCUCAUCAGGUUGGAGGGGGAGGGGCUAAAUGUGUAAACUGUCCCAGCUGGCUCCAGCUGAUCCCGUCUGUCUCCUCCUCCUCCUGGGAGCUGACAGGAAGUGACCUCAUGAAUCAGGAGGCGUGUGUCUGCACCGUGUGCAGCUGCGCCUCCACAUUCCUGUUUGCUCAAUAAAGUUUCAUUUUCAAAAUAAAA